AGUCCCAACACUGUUCAGAAGUGUCAACACUUUGCCAAGGGCUGGAAGAAACUGUCACCCUCAGGUGAGAGGAAAUUGCUGAGGAUGUUUACGAACAAGACAGAACCCAUCAAAGCUCAAGACCUUUCCCCAGGUUCAUUCUGAAGUCAAGCUUUAUGAAUUGAUUUAUGGACAACAAUGGAGUCUCUGAUUACCUGCUCCGUUUAUUUGGAUAAGUAAACCUGAGAUAUUUUCUGUUUGAAGAAUAAAUGAUGAUGCAAAAGAAUGCAUCUGACAGGUUUAUUUUAACAACAUUCGAUGAAUUAAGCACUUUAUUCACUCAGUGUUGGGAAUGUCUAGUUUUCCUGUGUUUAUUUAAUCCACGCAGAUACAGCAGAGGAUGGAGCCUCUUUGCUCUUCGGUUCUGACUGUUUGCAUGUGGCGGGAGCUGUAGCCAUGGUUACUGGAAAGGGUGGAGACUGAGCUACACCAGGCUUAAAGUUAGUCACAAUGAGAAUCACCUCGUUGUGAUGUUAGUUGAGCUCUGCCAGGCAAUUCAGCUAACAAGCUAGUGCUAGCCUAACACUAGCUAACAUAUAGCUUGUGGAAAGGCUCUCUACUUCCUGUUAGCCCAAUAACACAAACACUACUCGUUAACUAAAACCAGGCAACUGUUGGAACAGCUCGCACCGGAAAACUCUUCUUCAAUGACGUACUCCUUCAAGGAAUGCCUGAGAACUGAACUGCUGCUGGUGGCACCCACGCACAGCAAAAAGUGGUUAAAAAAUCAGUGACAGAAUCCUUCUAGGUUCUUUUUUGUAUGAAGAGCACAACAUACAAGAUAGAAAAAGAUAUCACAUGAAGACUCUGAAAUGGGGAGGAUUUUUGGUACUCAGGUUAUAAAACCGCCCAGCUGACUGUCUGCAGUAGGACCUUUGGAGCAUCACAGUUUGUGGAGACAAAAUGAGACCUCUGAUUGGCCUUUUCCUCAUCGCCGUCUCCAUGGCAUUGGCUGGGAGUGUUCCCAUUAAGACCCUGGUAUUCUCCACUGCAACGAGCACCAGUUAUGUUGAGAUGAUCCCUCAGAAGCCGCUGAACCUGACUGCGUUCACUCUGUGCAUGCGGGUGGCCACGGAGCUCAGCGGCCAGCGAGAGAUCAUCCUCUUUGCAUACCGGACUGGAAGCUACGAUGAGCUGAAUGUGUGGCGUGAACUGGAUGGAAGACUGUCCUUUUACCUGGCUGGAGGUGGUGUUUUAUUUAAAGUCCCUGAGCUCGGAGCCCUGAUUACCCACCUGUGUGUCACCUGGGAUUCCACUUCAGGUUUAGCUGCCCUCUUCCUGGAUGGAAAGAGGAGCUUAUCCAAAAUCUACAGGAAGGGUCACACUGUCAGCCCAGGAGGCAGGGUUAUCCUGGGACAAGAUCCAGAUUCUUUCCUGGGUUCUUUUGAUGAGCAGCAGAGUUUUGUUGGUGAGAUCUCUGAUGUGAACAUGUGGGAUGUUGUUCUGGCAGAUAACGCGAUCCAAGGCAUGUUUGCAGGGAAGAGAGUAGCAAGAGGAAAUGUUUUUGACUGGGAAAGCACAGAGCUGAGAACUAACGGGGACGUAGAGGUCGCCAUUCGUGAGCUGUAGUUAUAAUGCUCACCCACAGAAAAACCCCCAUUCUGCUGUAUGAAAUAAUGGUUAUUAAUCAAACUGUGUAUCAAUAUCACUAAUGUUACUUUAAGUUUUUAAAACAUAUGUGCUGACAUCACCUGUUUUUAAUUAUAUAUUAAAUACUCAACACAGAUGCAUAUUGUUCUAGGUUAUUCUUAUCACUUACUUGUACUUACUUUUAAUCACACUGUCAUAGUCCCAUUGUUAUAUUAUCAGAGUUUUUACAGCUUUUCUGUCAGUUAUUUCCAUGCAGUGAGUUUUAUGAGUUUCCUUCCCCAGUCUCAGUCUAACGUUGCUGCAUGUAGGUACGUGUCUAACCGCUGCAUUUGUUAUUUGUCUUCAUUUUUACUACCCCUCCUGUCGCCUGUGUCUAGUUACCCUAAUCACCCUUGUAUGUAUAAAUUUGUGCCAUCUUCCCCUCACACUUUCUGUUUUAACGUCUGUGAUGAUAUCUUGUAUGUUUUCUCUCCAUGCACUUGUGGAUUUGGUUUCAUAAAACCUUUUACGUUUUCCUUUGUAGACUUGUGCCAUCAGCUUAUUAAAGAUUGUCUUAUUAAA